AGCCUCUGCCCUCAAGCUUUUCUCGGCCAGAACGAACGCCGCGCGACACGGCCAUGGCGCCUUGCGCCUUGGCCCUCCUCGCCCUGGCGACCAUGCCGCGGGCGGCCGCAAUCCAGAUUUUCGUGUUUGCCCCGGACGAGUUGCAGCAGGCGUUCAGCCCGAGGAUGAUCGAUGCGCCGCAGCGCGGCUUCGACGGCUCGCUUCCCGCGACCACCUCCAGGGACGCGAAGGGCCGCGAGAGGGUGGACCUCGGAGACGGGCUGGUGUUCAUCCGCCUCGCGCCCGGGGCCAACGGGAACUCACCCGUCGACGACGACGCUGUCUCGCUGGAGUACAGAGCCUUCACCAGGGACGGGGACGAGUACGCCUCGUCCCGCAGCCUGGGCCCCCUGAACUUCACGCUGGGGGGCCCGGGCCUUAUCCCCGGGCUGGCCAGGGCGGUGCGGCACAUGACCCUCGGGGAGCGUGUGCUCCUCUGGCUGCCCAGGCAGCUCCUCUACCCCACCCCGCCCCAGGCGCCCUUCCCCCCAGACGACGCGCUGAUCUUCGACGUGUCCCUGCGCCGGGUCGGCUCCGUGGAGGCGCCCAUGGCGGGCGGCGGCGCCCAGUGAUGCGCGCGGCGGCCUUGCCCGCUCCCCCUCCGCUCAGCUCUCAGGCGGGGCUGCGGCGAGGAUCAAUCCUUGUCCGCGUCCCGGUUUCGUCUCGCAUCUCCCUCCUUUCGCUGCGCUUCCGUGCGGCCGCGCUCCAG